AUGGAAAAAUUAAUAGAAAUACUAGAUAAGAAACUCAACAAUCAAACACUUGUUAUUACAACUUCUGUAACGAAAAAUGUAAUGGAAGCGCUUGAUGAAAAGAUGAAACUUAUCAUGAAGGAAAAUAGUAUACUCAAAGCCAAAAUUACUGAACUAGAAACGGAAGUGAAGUUUUUGAAAGAUGAAAAACGGAAAAACAAUCUAGUAUUUUUUGGGAUAGAAGAAAUAGGAAAAACUGAAUGUGAGCUUGUAGACUGCAUAAAGGAUCUCAUAGUGGACUCGGGAACACAGCUGGAUAGUAAUGAAAUCAGUAAAAUAUACAGAAUUGGAAAACAGGUCAACAACAAAAACCGCCCAGUCGUAGUCACUAUUACAACACUUUGGAAAAAGCACUUGAUAUUGCGAAAUAAGUCAAAUCUUCCGCAAGGAACAUAUAUCAAAGAAGACUAUACCAAAGAAGUGCUAGAAAAACGCAAGCAACUGCAGAUACAAGUAGAAGAAGAAAAGAAGAAAGGAAAUGUUGCGUUCAUAAAAUAUGAUAAAUUAGUAAUAAAGAAAACCAGAGACAACAACACAGAAAAACGAAAAAGAGAAGAGUCAGGCUCGCCAAACUCUUCAAAUCAAAAGAAAACUGCUGUACUCAAGACACAAAGCAACACAGGGACCAAAACUACAGGAAAAGAUAUACUAAGACCUAAUAUCCUUAACUAUGUUGAAAGAGGAAGAUCUGCUUCACUAUCGGAACUACCAAAAAACUUGUAA